CACUCAGAGAAGUUUCCCAGGGUCCGGGGAACGAGGAGGCGGUGCCGCGCUCUCGCUGUCUUGGUGUCUGGCCCUAGCCUGAGUUUAGCCCCUUCCAUGGAUCUAUAGGGCGGCCGCAGGAGCUGAGACCCAACUGGGGGGAAUGGGCUCGGCGCCCCGGUUCCGAGGCCCUUGGCGGGCAUGGCUGGGUUGGGCCUUUCUGGUGGUCGCGUUGCUGGCCAGCCUGGCACUAGGGGCAGCUGUCCAGUGUCUAGAUGGCAACAAACCCUGUGAGAAUGGUGGGACCUGUGUUGUUUACUCCAAUGGGAUUGCUGCUUGCCUAUGCCAGCCUGGACUGAUUGGAGAGCACUGCCAGUUUCAAGAUCCAUGUCACCAGUCACCCUGUGCCAAUGGGGGCUCAUGUGAAAGCACCUUGCGUGAUGGCACUGUGCACUACCAAUGUACCUGUCCCAAGGGCUUCCGAGGUCAGGACUGUUCUCUGUUUGAUGCAUGUGCCAGCAAACCAUGUGUCAAUGGUGGCCGCUGUACUAACUGGAAUGGCCGAUAUAAUUGCACAUGCCCAUCAGGUUACCAGGGCCGCAACUGUCGGAAUGAUGUAGAUGAAUGUCGGGUGUCUGGCCUGUGCCAGCAUGGGGGUACCUGUCUUAAUACACCUGGCUCCUUCCGCUGUCAGUGCCAAGCUGGUUACACAGGACAGCACUGUGAGAGUAUCUCCACUCCUUGUGCUCCUUCUCAGUGUCUCAAUGGGGGCACUUGCCGUCAGACAGGAGAUCUCAGCUAUGAGUGCGCUUGCUUGCCUGGUUUUGAGGGACACAACUGUGAAAUUAACAUAGAUGACUGUCCAGACCACAUGUGCAUGAACGGAGGCACUUGUGUGGAUGGUGUCAACACCUACAACUGCCAGUGUCCUCCAGAGUGGACAGGCCAAUUCUGUACUGAGGAUGUGGAUGAAUGCCAGCUGCAGCCCAAUGCUUGCCACAAUGGAGGCACUUGCUUCAAUACCAAUGGUGGCCAUUCAUGUGUCUGUGUCAAUGGCUGGACUGGGGAGAGCUGUAGUGAGAACAUUGAUGACUGUCAGACAGCUGUCUGUUUUCAUGGUGCUACUUGCCAUGAUCGUGUGGCAUCCUUCUACUGUGCAUGUCCUAUGGGCAAGACAGGCCUCCUUUGUCACUUGGAUGAUGCCUGUGUCAGUAACCCUUGCCAUGAAGAUGCCAUUUGUGACACCAACCCAAUGAAUGGCCGUGCAAUCUGCACCUGCCCACCAGGUUUUACUGGUGGAGCCUGUGAUCAAGAUGUGAAUGAAUGCUCCAUUGGAGCUAAUCCAUGUGAGCAUUUUGGAAAAUGUGUGAACACACAAGGCUCCUUCCAGUGCCAGUGUGGACGUGGUUAUACAGGUCCACGCUGUGAGACAGACAUCAAUGAAUGCCUCUCCAUGCCUUGCCAGAAUGAUGCCACCUGCCUUGACCGUAUUGGUGAAUUUACAUGCAUCUGCAUGUCAGGUUUCAGUGGUACUUACUGCGAGAUAAAUAUCAAUGAGUGUGAAAGCAAUCCCUGUGUCAAUGGUGGUAUCUGUAAGGAUAUUGUCAAUGGAUUCAGUUGCACCUGCCCCUCAGGCUUCUCGGGUUCUAUGUGCCAAAUAGACAUUGAUGAGUGUGCCAGCACACCAUGCCAGAAUGGUGCCAAGUGCGUGGACAGGCCCAAUGCUUAUGAAUGCCGUUGUACAGAAGGUUUUGAAGGGGCUUUGUGUGAAAAAAACAUUGAUGACUGCUCCCCAGAUCCUUGCCACCAUGGCGCUUGUGUAGAUGGCAUUGCCAGCUUCACCUGUACAUGUGUGGCUGGUUACACUGGGUACCGUUGUGAGAACCAGAUCAAUGAGUGCCACAGCAAUCCCUGUCAACAUGGGGGCAAAUGUAUUGAUCUAGUAAAUAAGUACCUCUGCCACUGUCAGCCAGGGACCUCAGGUGCUAAUUGCGAGAUAAACUUUGAUGACUGUGCCAGCAAUCCUUGUGACUAUGGGAUCUGCCGUGAUGGCAUCAAUCGUUAUGACUGCAUCUGCAAACCUGGCUUCACAGGUCCUCUGUGCAAUAUAGAGAUUAAUGAAUGUGCAUCCAGCCCCUGCAAGAAUGGUGGUACCUGUGUGGAUGGUGAAGAUGGCUUCUCUUGCCUUUGUCCUGAGGGUUUCCAUGAUCCACAUUGCUAUUCAGAAGUGGAUGAGUGUAGCAGCAGCCCUUGUGUGCAUGGCACAUGUCAUGAUGACAUCAAUGGGUACCAGUGUGAAUGUGAGCCAGGCUGGGCUGGUACCAAUUGUGAUGUGAACCGCAAUGAGUGUGAAUCCAAUCCAUGUCAGCAUUUUGGCACUUGCACAGAUUACGUCAAUGGCUAUCGUUGCAAAUGCAAAGAAGGCUUCCAGGGGACUUACUGCCAGACCAAUAUAAACGACUGUGCUUCCAGCCCCUGCCUCAACAAGGGUUCCUGUAUUGAUGGCAUUGCCAGUUAUGCUUGCCUGUGUGACUUGCCUUAUACUGGACGGAACUGUGAGAAUGUUUUGGCUCCUUGCUUCCCUAACCCAUGUGAGAACAAUGGUGUCUGUGACCACACUCCUGAUUAUGAAGGGUUUACCUGCAGUUGUGCACCAGGCUGGCAAGGGCAGCAAUGCCACAUUGACAUUAAUGAAUGUGACCAAAACCCAUGUCGAAACAGGGGCACUUGCACCAACACACUUGGCAGUUAUAGAUGUGCCUGCCGCCCUGGCUACACUGGCAUCAAUUGUGAGAUGGAUAUUGAUGACUGCAUACCUAAUCCUUGCCUGAAUGGCGGCUCCUGUCAGGAUGGCAUCAGUUCCUUCACAUGCACUUGCCUGCCAGGUUUCACAGGACUACGCUGUGCAGCUGAAACCAAUGAGUGCCUGAGCAGCCCUUGUCGCAAUGGGGCCACCUGUACUGACUAUGUCAACAGCUACACUUGUACUUGUGCCCCAGGCUGGGCAGGCUUACACUGUGAGCACAAUGUCCAGGAGUGCACUGACAGCUCUUGCUUCAAUGGUGGAACAUGCUUGGAUGGAGUGAAUUCAUACACAUGCCACUGUCGUGCUGGCUUCACAGGCACCCACUGCCAGCAUGAGAUUGAUGAGUGCCAGUCACAGCCCUGCCUCAAUGGUGGGGUGUGCCAUGAUGGUGUGCAGUCCUAUCGUUGUACCUGUCCUCAGGGCUACACAGGUCCUCAGUGCCAGAACCUUCUGGAUUUGUGUAACCACUCCCCCUGUCAAAAUGGUGGGCAUUGUGUGCAGUCGGGUGCUACUUUAUCCUGUGAUUGCCCUGGAGGCUGGACUGGCCGUUACUGUGACAUCCCAAAUGUUUCUUGUGAAGUGGUGGCAAGGAACCGAGGUGUGGCCAAGGAACAAGUGUGUCAUUAUGGAGGCCGUUGUGUGGAUGCUGGCAAUACUCACUACUGUAUUUGCAAGAAAAGCUAUACUGGCAGCUACUGUGAGAGUGAAGUCAAUCACUGCCAGCACAGCCUAUGUCGGAAUGGGGGCACCUGCCGCAGCUUUGUGGGAGGUUAUGCCUGUGAGUGUCCACUAGGCUUUGAGGGAAAAAACUGUGAAUUUGAUAUUGAUGAAUGUCAAUCACACCCCUGCCAGAAUGGUGGGACUUGUAUUGACCUCACUGGUCGCUACAUUUGUUCCUGCCCACCAGGAACACUAGGUGUCUUGUGUGAAAUAAAUGAGGAUGAUUGUACCUUGAAUCCUAACAGCCGUGUCCCCAAAUGCUUGAACAACGGGACAUGUGUGGACAGAGUGGGUGGUUACCGCUGCAGCUGCCCACCAGGUUUUACAGGCGAGCGUUGUGAGGGAGAUAUAAAUGAAUGUCAGUCCAACCACUGCCACCCACGCAACACACUCGACUGCAUUCAAGAAGCCCGUGACUACCAGUGCAUCUGCAAGCCAGGCUACACUGGCCGCCACUGCAAGAACAUUGUGAAUGCAUGUGAGUCUCAGCCUUGCCAGAAUGGUGGGCUAUGUAAGCUGGCAGUAAACUUGCCUCUCGGAUAUACCUGCCAUUGCCCUCGGAGCUACUCAGGCAUCAAUUGUGAGCGCAGUGUGUUCUCUUGCCGAGAACUCUUCUGUUUCAAUGGUGGCAGCUGCCGGACUUCAGCUCUAGGUGCCCACUGCUACUGCCUACCUGGAUGGGCUGGACCUGAUUGUCGUCUGCGUGCCAAUAGCAGUUGUGCGAGUCUGCCUUGCCAGAAUGGAGGUGCCUGCCAUGAGAUCACCACUCCCCCUUAUUUCCAGUGCCUUUGUCUCGGCGAUUACACAGGUGUUCGCUGUCAGACUGCACGCACAGUGCGGCCACCUCUGCUCCAUUGCCCACUGGAAGAGUGCACUGCAAAGGCAGGGGACUCCUAUUGUGACAAGAUGUGCAAUAGCCCAGCUUGUCACUGGGAUGGAGGUGACUGUUCUCUUUUGGUGGAUAAUCCUUGGAAGCAGUGUGAGAGCCCUCAGUGCUGGCAGUACUUCAACAAUAGUCAGUGUGAUGAACUCUGCAACACCGUUGAGUGUCUCUAUGAUAACUUUGACUGCAAGAACCGUGAGCGCAGCUGCAACCCUAUUUAUGAGAAAUACUGCUCAGAUCACUUUGCUGAUGGGCAUUGUGACCAAGGCUGUAAUAAGGAAGAAUGUGGCUGGGAUGGACUAGAUUGUGCCCGGGAAGUGCCUGAGCACUUGGCAGAUGGUGUUUUAAUCAUCACCGUGCUGCUGCACCCUGAUGAACUGCUCCGCACAAGCACCGUCUUCCUGCAGAAGCUGAGUGCCAUUUUAAGGACCUCCCUGCGAUUCCGUGUUGAUGAGAAUGGCAACUACAUGAUCAAACCUUAUUAUGGAACUGGAAGACGACAACGCAGGGAACUGGGCCAAGAAAUAAUUGGGUCUGAGGUUACCCUUGAGAUUGACAACCGUCUUUGCUACCAGGCCUCAAACAAGUGUUUCCCUGAUGCAGAAAGUGCCGCUGAUUACCUGGCUGCCCUCUCGGCAGUAGAGCGUCUAGAGUUUCCAUAUCCACUCAAAGCCGUGAAAGGUAUAAAAGAAUGGGCCACCCCAGACCCAUUCAAAUUAUUGCCAUUGGUGGUGGUGGCAGCCCUCAUUCUCCUCGUGAUCCUGGUACUGGGUGUGUUGGUGGCCCGGCGUAAAAGAGAACAUAGCACACUCUGGUUUCCCGAAGGUUUCAGUCUGAAGAAAGAGAGUAGCAACAAGAACCGGCGUGAGCCUGUGGGUCAGGAUGCCCUGGGCAUGAAGAACAUUGGCAAAGGGGAGAGCCUGAUACCAGACAGCUCGGAAGACUGGCUGGAAGCAGAAUGCCCAGAGGCCAAGCGUCUUAAGGUAUUGCCUGCUCAUUGUGAGACUUUGGCUGACUUGAGAACCGGAGCUGCAAAGGUGGAAGAGCCAGCCAUAGACUGCGAAGACCCAGUGGAUUGCCGACAAUGGACACAGCACCACUUGGUGGCAGCAGAUAUCCGUAUGCCUCCAUCUAUGGCCCUGACCCCACCCCAGGGUGAAUUUGACACCGACUGCAUGGAUGUCAAUGUCCGUGGGCCAGAUGGUUUUACCCCACUUAUGCUGGCCUCCUUUUGCGGUGGCGGCAUGGAGACAGACCUGGCUGAGGAAGAGGAAGCAGAUGACUCCUCUGCCAACAUUAUCUCAGACCUAAUCUGCCAGGGGGCUAACCUGAGUGCCCAGACAGACCGCACAGGGGAGACUGCACUACAUUUGGCUGCAAGAUAUGCCCGGGCAGAUGCUGCCAAACGUCUGCUGGAUGCUGGUGCUGAUACCAAUGCGCAAGACAACACAGGGCGUACCCCGCUUCAUGCUGCUGUGACUGCUGAUGCCCAAGGAGUCUUCCAGAUCCUGAUCCGGAAUCGAUCUACAGAUUUAGAUGCUCGAAUGGGGGAUGGCUCAACUGCACUGAUCCUGGCAGCACGGUUAGCUGUUGAGGGCAUGGUAGAGGAAUUGAUCGCCUGUCAUGCUGAUGUCAAUGCCGUGGACGAAUUGGGAAAAUCAGCCUUGCACUGGGCGGCAGCUGUCAAUAAUGUAGAGGCUACAAUUGCUCUGCUAAAGAAUGGGGCCAACAAGGACAUGCAGGACAGUAAGGAGGAGACACCACUGUUUCUAGCAGCUCGGGAAGGCAGUUACGAGGCAGCCAAAAUCCUACUGGAUCAUUUUGCCAACCGUGAGAUCACUGACCAUAUGGAUCGGCUGCCACGUGAUGUGGCUCAGGAGCGCUUGCACCAUGAUAUUGUUCGACUUUUGGAUGACUACAACACUGUGCGUAGCCCACAGGGAGCCCUGCCUGCCGGUCACUCUCUCUCCCCUCUCAUGUGCCCUCCCAAUAGCUUCUUACCUAGCCUGAAGCCCACUCCACAGGGCAAGAAGAGCCGUCGGCCCAGCACCAAGAAUGUGACAGCAGGAAACAGUGCCAGCCUGGCACGGGAGAGCAAAGAGGCCAAGGCACGUGCCAAGAAGCUCAACUUGGAGUGUCAAGGCUCUCUCCUGGAGAGCUCUGUCACCUUGUCUCCUGUCGACUCACUGGACUCUCCCUAUGUACCUAACCCUGCCUCACCUGGGGUCUUUCACACAGCCAAUGCCUCACUGUCAGUACCCUCUACUCCCAUGGUCCAUGGCAUGAUGGAGGCACCCUUUGCUGUCAGUUUGGCACGCCUUAGCGACCUAGGGGAUGGCACUCUGCUUUCUAUGAAUCGCCUUUCUGUGCCACCCGGCCGCAUGGGGCUCAGUCUGGGCAUGGUGAGCCCUGUGGCCAUGCCCUUUGAUUGGCGUGCCCGUGUUCCCACUUCUCAGUGUCAACCCAUCAUAGGGGUGGUGCACCCUGCUGCUUCCCAUCCCAACCUGCAUCAGUCUGGCCAAGCUUUCCCACCAGGAUUGCUUCUGCCUAACCACAUGACCAUGGGGCACAGCUCUCAGGGCCUGCCAAACCCAGCUCCAGCACAGUCCAAGGAAGCUGCCCAGCCCAUGCCUCCACCGACAGCCACAGUGCGCACUAACCAACCUGUCUCACCCCAAGAGGGCCAGGGUCAGGUGGCACCACCACGUGGAGGGCCCCCACCAUACCUAAAGGCAGCAGGGGUGGAGGAUUAUCCGACACCACCCUCGCAGCACAGUUACACGCAGGGGCAGGAUGCAACACCUAAGCACUUCCUUCACCCUCCCAGUGAGCACCCCUACCUGACUCCUUCGCCAGAGUCUCCAGAGCAAUGGAGCAGUCCCUCACCACACUCCUUGUCUGACUGGUCUGAAUCCACACCCAGCCCAACUGUCUUAGGGCCAAGUCACACCCAACUUCCUUCAGCAGAGCCCUCUGCUAAAAUGCAGGUAUUUGCAUGAGGAGCUUGCUUAUGAAACACAUCCCAGAGGCCUAGGUCCCUCUGUGGCCCCCAUUGGGGCCUGUGCCAGCCUUGGGGUUCUCGUUUCCCCAUAAAUGUGUUUUUAUAAGAAAAAACUAAAGUGUAAAAAGUUUUUUUUAAUGCCUGAUCUAGGAGGGGAAAGGAUGGCCUCACCAUUCCCACACUGCCAUGGAACUCAGGCCGGCCCUUUCUUCCCCUCCCAUGUUGUCUCAUCAACUAGGUUUUUGGGGAACAUUUUUUACAAGAAAUCUUUUUGUAUAAACCUUGCAUUUAACUCUAAGCUUUUUAUUUUUUACAAUGUAUUCAGUAUCAGGUCCUGUUGUGUGCCAUUCUUCUUCCUAUGGGUCGUGGGCUGAAGGAACGGAGAGAAAUUGUACCCCUUGCUCUUCCUUGGAAUGGUUUUGUCUCUUGGGCUGAGCAGCCACCUCUCUUCCCACCGUGUUGGGAUGGGAUUCUGCUCACUGUAUUUGUGUACUGGGUACACAUUAGCUCACUGGCACUGCCGUCCAGAGGGUCGAGUCACAGUCCUGCCUCUGUUGAACAGGGAACUAAGCCCCGCAGCCCCACCCUCAAACUUGGUACUUCGUCACAUUCCAGGUUAAUUUAUUCAUCUUAAAUUCUGCCGCACUCCCCAUCUUCCGGUCCCCCUUGAAUUCCUGAGUUGCUUCCGCUAAUAUUAGCUGUAGCCCUGGUGACUUUCUAGUCUCCAGAGUAUUCUGAGCCACUCUGUAUUUUUAUGCCUGGCCCUUACUGUCUCCCCUGCAUCUUGUCUAAGGCUGUCUUUGAUCUAUGUUACAUUUUCAUAAAUGGCACAUGUUUUACCCCUGUGGUACUGCACAAUCUUCAAGCAACCACAGAUACCGAGGGCUUCACUUUGGCAUAAAAGGUACUGAGGUAAUAUGAAAUACUUUGUUUCUCCUGAAGACUUCUGGCCCAGCAGUCCACUAUCUAUUUUACUUUGUAUGCCCUAUCUCCUUGUACCCUGUACAUUCCAGUUAUUCCUGGCUGUAAAUAUUGCUGGUGGAAACAGUGGCAGACAGAAUCGUGUUCCAUUGGUGACUGCUGCUUCCUGCUUCCUUCUCCCUUUCCAUGCUAUGUAGCAUAGUGGGGGAAUGGCCCUGCCAGUUGCCCCCCUGCCAUAGAAGGACCAUUUCUAGCUCAUUUUAAAACUUUUUUUUUAAUCCAGUGUAAACCAAGUAGCUUUAAAGCAGCUGGGUGCUUUCUGUACAGAGCGGCUUAAGCCGUGGCAUAAUAAACAUAGCUAAUAAGAA